CUUCCGUAAGCGGCACUUCCGGAUCGAGCUGGCACGUGUGGUAAACAAGCAUGGACGCCUUGGAGGACUGGAACGACGUGACCGAAAGUCCGAGUUUGAAGAACCUGACGGACGGAAGCUUCAGUGUACUAAAAGAGAGACAAUGUGACGCUGUACAGGAUUUGGUCAAAGCGCAUAUUGACUCUUUUGAUCAGGCCAUCGGACAAGGACUCAACUCCGUUGUGCAGGCCAUCCCGCCGUUGGAGUUCAUGGUGAAGGGAGAGCGCAUCAGUUUGGCCUUCAUAGAGGCCACCGUCCACCCGCCGACCGUGUCCAAAGGCAGCGUGUGCCGCGAGAUGAGAGUCUUCCCGGCGGAGUGCCGCGCCAGGAGGUCCUCGUACAAGGGCAGGAUAGUGGCAGAUGUGAGCUGGAGUGUGGACGGAGUCCCCAAAGGGAUCAUCAAGCAGGGGCUCGGGCAAAUCCCCAUUAUGGUCAAGUCCAAGCUGUGCAACCUGCACGGGAUGACGCCGCAGCAGCUGGUGCAACACCACGAGGAGGCUGAGGAAAUGGGCGGCUACUUCAUUGUGAACGGCAUCGAGAAGGUGAUUCGCAUGCUGAUCAUGCCUCGGAGGAACUACCCCAUUGCUGUGUCACGAGCCAAGUGGAAGAACAGAGGCCAUGGAUACACGCAGUAUGGUUUGUCCAUGCGCUGCAUGAAGGAGAAUCACACGGCCAUCAACAUGCACCUUCACUACUUGGAAAACGGAACCAUCAUGCUCAACUUCAUCCACCAGAAGGAACUCUUCUUCCUACCCAUUGGCUUUAUGCUUAAGGCGCUGGUGGACCUGAGCGACCUGGAGAUUUUCUCAGAGCUGAUUAAAGGCAUGGAAGAGAACUCGCUGUACCGCAGCGCCGCCUGCGAGAUGCUGCGCUUGGUGUCGGCGCAGGGCUGCACGUCACGCUCCAAGGUCCUGGAUUACCUGGGCGGACGCUUCCGCGUGAAACUCAACCUGCCCGAGUGGUACACAGACCGGCAGUGCGCCGACUUCCUGCUGGACGAGUGCAUCUGCAUCCACUUGCGGACAGGCAUGGAGAAGUUCCGGCUGCUGUGCCUGAUGUGUCGCAAGCUUUUCAGCUUCGCCAAGCAGGAGUGCCUGGAGGAGAACCCAGACGGCAUCGCCUGCCAGGAGGUCCUCACGCCGGGACAGCUCUACCUCAUGUUCCUCAAGGAGAAGAUGUGCAUGUGGCUGCUGUCGGUCAAGGCGGCGGUGGAGAAGCGAGUAAAUCACCUGAAGGGUGGCUGGACGGCGGAAAACCUCAUCAAGAUGUUCAAUCUUGGAACCGACCUCAGCAAACCCUUUGAGUACAUGCUGGCUACCGGCAACCUCAGCUCCAAGACGGGUCUGGGCAUGUUGCAGAACACGGGCUUGUGCGUGGUAGCCGACAAGCUCAACUUCAUCCGCUACCUGUCGCACUUCCGCUGCGUGCACCGCGGCGCCGCCUUCACCAAGAUGCGCACCACGUCUGUGCGCAAGUUGCUGCCCGAGUCCUGGGGCUUCCUUUGCCCUGUGCACACGCCCGACGGCGAGCCCUGCGGCCUCAUGAAUCACAUGACGGCCAGCUGCCAGGUGGUGACGGCAUCCUCGUCCACCGUGGGGCUGCCGGCCAUACUCUGCUCGAUGGGUGUGACCCCCGUCGAUGCCACCCCCACCAGCCCCUUCGCCGACUGCUACCCGGUCCUGCUGGACGGCGCCCUGGUGGGUUGGGUGGAGGAACGCCUGGCCCCCGAUGUGGUGGAUUCACUGCGCAGGUUCAAGGUUCUGCAGGAGAAAAAAGUUUCUCCCUGGACUGAGAUCAUUCAGGUGCCCAAGACGGGCAAAGCCAGCUUGUACCCGGGCCUGUUUCUGUUCACCACGCCGUGCCGCAUGAUGCGCCCUGUGCGCAACCUGGCGGUCGGCAAGCAGGAGCUCAUUGGAACCUUCGAGCAGCUUUAUGUGAACGUGGCCGUAAAGGAGGCAGAGGUGGAGGCGGGUGUCAGCAGCCACCAGGAGCUCUUCCCGCACAGCAUGCUCAGCGUGGUGGCAAGCUUCAUACCCUACUCGGACCACAACCAGAGUCCCAGGAACAUGUACCAGUGCCAGAUGGGUAAGCAGACGAUGGGCUUUCCCCUUCAUGCCUUCCUGGAGCGUUCGGACAACAAGCUGUACCGACUGCAGACGCCGCAGAGCGCACUGGUACGUCCUUCCAUGUACGACCACUACCAGCUGGACAACUACCCCAGUGGCACCAACGCCGUGGUGGCUGUCAUCUCCUACAGCGGCUACGACAUGGAGGACGCAAUGAUUGUGAACAAGUCUUCAUGGGAGCGCGGCUUUGCCCACGGCUGCAUCUACAAGACGGAACUGGUGGACUUGGCCCAAAAGGCACGAGGCCACGACGGCGUGGUGUUUGGGGCCAAGCCUGGAGACCCCAAGGUCAAUGAGCAGCUGGACGCUGAUGGACUUCCGCCGGUGGGCGCCAUGCUGCGCUACGGAGACCCCUUCUACAGCUACAUCAACCUGAACACCGGCCAGUCCUUUGUCACUUUCUACAAGAGCCAGGAGGCGUGCGUGGUGGACAACAUCAAGAUCUGCGGCAACGACGUUGGCACGGGCUUGUUCAAGCGCGUGUGCAUCACCAUGCGGGUGCCACGCAAUCCCACCAUCGGCGACAAGUUCGCCAGCCGUCACGGCCAGAAGGGCAUUCUGAGCCGGCUGUGGCCCGCCGAGGACAUGCCCUUCAGCGAGAGCGGCCUCAGCCCUGACAUCUUGUUCAACCCGCACGGAUUCCCCUCGCGCAUGACCAUCGGCAUGCUGAUAGAGAGCAUGGCGGGCAAGUCGGCUGCCCUGCAUGGCCUGAGCCACGACGCCACGCCCUUCACCUUCUCUGAAGACAACUCUGCCCUCGACUACUUCGGGGAGAUGCUGCGGGCCGGCGGCUACAACUAUUAUGGCACCGAGCGCCUCUACAGCGGCACCAGCGGCCUGGAGCUGGAGGCCGACAUUUUCAUCGGCGUGGUUUACUACCAGAGGCUCAGGCACAUGGUGUCCGACAAGUUCCAGGUCCGUACAACAGGGGCGCGCGACAAGGUCACCAAUCAGCCGGUGGGCGGCAGGAACGUGCAAGGCGGCAUCCGCUUUGGCGAGAUGGAGCGUGACGCGCUGCUAUCGCACGGCUCGUCCUUCCUGCUGCAGGACCGCCUCUUCAACUGCUCCGACCGUUCGGUGGCGCAGGUGUGCGUGGACUGCGGGAGUUUGCUGUCGCCGCUGCUGGAAAAGCCGCCGCCUUCCUGGUCAUCCACGCGCCACCGUCGCACCGUCUGCACACUCUGCGGCAAGAGCGACUCGGUAGACUCGGUCUCCGUGCCAUACGUUUUCCGCUACUUUGUGGCCGAGCUGGCCGCCAUGAACAUCAAAGUCAAGUUGGACAUCAAGUGAGCGAGGUCAGGGCCAUGCUAGGAGUUUGCAGGCCCUGUAGGACUCUGCUUUGAGUAGAAUAACAUUUUGGGCAAACUUGAGAGCUACUUUGGGACUGAAGAAGGCAAAGGACAUACAGACUUCUGAAAUAAUUCAUUUGCUUAUAUUACCUUGAAUUAUGUGUUAUCUAUACAAGCGGUCCUCAACCUUUCUUGCGCCACGGACCGGUUGCAUGUCAGACAAUAUUUUCACGGACCGGCCUUUAUAUAAAUACAAUGAAAUAAAAUGAUACGACUGGGAUAAAAACAAAUACAAAGCACAUAAAAAUAAAACCCACCAUUAAGUA